AUGGCACUGAAGUGCCUCUUGUUUUCCAGUGAAGCUCCCCGGGGCCCCCCAACGGUCAUGAAGAGGGUGGAGAGGCACGCGGUCAGGGGGUCUCUGUAUAAGCACUUUGACUGGGAGAAGAAGAAUGCCAGGCAGGCAGAAGCCAGGCUCAGCCAGAGACUGCAAGGACUGGAACACCUCUGCGUGUGCCACAUGAAGGGGCUGAGCCGCGAGCAGAGACAGCUCCAGAAAGAUCUGCAGAGGCUGCGGGAAGUAGAUAUUGUCAAGAAGAAGCUCUCCUCUUAUUUGGGGAAUGGAAUUCAAAAGAGACCAGAAGAUGUCCUUGUGGCCUCACCACCGAUAGGGAAGAAGCAUGGAGGUCCACAUACGAAUAACGUUAGAGCACUGGCCACCAACAUGACCCAAGAAAUACACAGAACCAAGUCCCAGAUGUCUCUUUCCCAUCAAGCUGGCCUCAAAGACCCAAUGAAAAGCAAAGAGCAGUCACUAUCUCGAAAUCACAGAGCUUCUCACUUCACAGCAGAGAAGCCACAAGCCCAAGAAAAAGAUUUUAUGAGCCCAUCAAAGGGCAAAGACUCCAACAAGGGCAUCUCUAUUCUAUGUCAACAUCAAGACAUCUCCAUCGAAACCCUAGACCAAGCUGGCUCCAGCCCCACUUGUGAAAGUGGAACCCAGCAUAUUGACAAGACCAGACCAAAGGAUGCCAACCUAAAGCCAUACCCCAGCGCUGGGAAUCAAAGUCCCCUGAAUCCCAUGGAAUGUGCAGGAAAUUUGAAAGAUGAGUCCAUAACACCCACCUUCUUAGAGCUGUUUGCUAAGGUCAGAAAUGCCCACUACCUCCGGCACAGGAUUCCCCCUGAGUCUGAGAGAUUGCUUAGCAUUGGGGAGAUAUUUGGGCACAAGGAAUCCUUACAGCCCAGACCAGGACAGGAAGGUAAGAACAGGGGAUAUAAUCUCUCACUGAAUGAGCAAUUCAAGUAUAUGAAAAAGGAGGAAAGAGAUGAAUCUUCUGAGAACACAUUAAGGGGUGCGCAUUUGUUGUUGACGUCAUCACAAAUAUGAAUCUACAUUGAUGACUAGGCUCUUUUAAAUAUGAAGGGGCUCCGCUCACGUUGGCCACCCUUUUCCUAUAGGAAGUUCUUAGGUGCCACCUGCUGGCCAAAUGACAUAGCUCUGCUCUUCAAGUUCACAUAUAACAUCUAUGUGAGAAGAGGAACUCGGCAAUAGGUACCAUCACACGGUCUAUCAUUAAAACCUGCUUUCACCUGCCACAGCCCUGGACUUACUUGGAAGUAACCUUCCCUCACCUCUUUCCUUUCCGCGUGGCUCCAUUUUAGUUUUCUCGUUCUCGCUUUCUACCUGCUCAUAUCUCACUUCUUAGAUCCUAAUAAAAGAAUAAGA